AUGCCCACACUUCUUUCUACUGCAAUGUGCGCAUCCUUCAAGUCCAAUGGUGAUUCCGAGACUACAGCGUCGUCUUCACCUCCUACCAAGCGUAAUUUCUUUGUCAGAUCGUCAUCGCAGUCUUCCAGCGGGAGCCGAUCCACGACAUCAACAUCUUCAACAAGUACUGUAUCUUCCUAUCGCGGCUCCAAAGUUGCGAUGGGGGACCUUUCCAAAGUACGAAACGGCGAUGACGACUUUUGUAAUCACAACAAUAAUGGCCUAGAUAUGGAAAAUUGGAAGUCCUUUCACCGUCGCUUUGGAACCAAACCCAACAAACCGAAACCAAGUCGUCGCGUUUCGGCAACUUCUGCAGGUGCAGCCCUUUUACGAUCGGCGAACAAUCGUCGAAAGGCUUCUCGCAAAGAUAGCAAACAAGAAGCCAACAAUGAGACUGAUCCAAGUCUCUGGAAAUCCAUGAUUCAUGCCGCAAAGGGAUGCACCAGCCCAAUGUGGGAACAUGCUUCUGCUCCCAUCGGCGAUGAUGAGUGGUCGAACGAAGUUCCCUCACAUCAACGGCUUGGACUCUUGGACAUUCGUCAGGAGAAUGGCAGGUGGUACUUUCUAGAAGAUGCUUCAGUCGCCACAGAUGCUGUGGAAUAUCAAUUGACAGAGUAG